CAGGCAGCGGCGACGACGAGGUGGAGUGGCUGCGCGACGAGGCGGAGGAGCUGCGGCUGAAGCUGGAGGCGCUCCGGGCCGCGGACAGCCGCGACCAGCUCCGAGCCGCCUGCGCCGGGGCCGCCCCGGGCUGCGGCGCGGCCGAGGCCCCCGCGCUGGCGGGCUUCGCCACCCCGCCGCAUGCCGCGCGAAGGAGCUCCCUGUUCGGCGACGCCUUGCCGGCGUUCAGACGGCAGGUCAGCGACGCGAGCGACGCGACGCGGACCUCCGGCGACGGCACCCCGAGCGCCCGCGCCCCGCCCGCUGGCGACGACGAGGACCUCGCGGCUCGCCGGCCCUCUGCGGCUCGUCGCCAUGCGCUCGGCGAAGAAGCUGCAGAUGCUCAGGUGGUAGUUGACGAGGCGCACUGUGUAUCAAGGCCCACCCUUGGCGCCGACGGCUCGGACCCGGCGCAGCCCUCGAGGCCCCCCCGCGGCGGCGGCGCCGAGGGGCCGCGGGCGCCCAGGGCGGCCCGGAGCGCGGAGUCCGCCGCUGCCCGGCGGCUGCGCGUGGUGGAAGCCACGCUGCGGCAUCGCGAGAAGAUUUUCGAGGAGCAGAUGGAGGCGCAGGACAGGAAGCUGAGCGCGGCCUCCGCGGCCCUGCGGAAGUCGCGGAGCCAGGUGCAGUCCGUCACCGCGCAGCUGGGGCUCAAGGAGCUGGAGGGGCGGCGGCUCGAGGCUCAGGUAAUGCAGCUUCGAGGCUUGCUCGUGGAAAAGGAGCGGCGUCUUCAGGAGGCCUUGGACGAGGUGCAGCUGUUGAGGGUCGCGCGGCCCGCUGGCCCCGCAACUGCGGGGCCGAGGCCUGGCGGCGAGGUUGUGAAGGGCGACCUUGCACCAGCCGAGGACACAGAGGCC